CGGGGCCGGGGGCGGGGCCUCGCCUCCUGGUGCCGCGGGCGGCCCCGCUCGGCUCGGCUCAGCCCCGCGCUGUGCCCGGAUCCAGCCCGGCCCGGCCCCGAGCUUUGCCCUGACCCGGCUCGGCUCAGCCCUGUGCUGUGUCUGGAUCCGGCUCGGCUCGGCCCGGCCCGGCCCGGCUCGGCUCGGCUCAGCCCCGCCAUCUGUCCUGACCCGGCUCGGCUCGGCCCGGCCCUGCCCUGUGUCCGGAUUCGGCCCGGCUCCCCCCUGCGCUUUGUCCUGCCCCGGCUCGGCUCGGCACGGCCAUGCUGGCCGCCCCAUGGCCCCUGUGGAGCACGACGCGCUGGCCGUGCGGGAGCAGCUUUUCCACGAACGGGUCCGCGAAUGCAUCAUCUGCGCCCUGCUCUUCGCCAGCCUCUACAUCCUCUGCCACUUCAUCAUAACCCACUUCAAGAAGCAGACGGACUUUGCGGCAGUUCACGAUGACGAGGACGCUGCUGUCAACAGGAUUGCGCUGGGGAUGUGCACCUUCACCCUGGCCGUGGCGCUGGGUGCCGUGCUCCUGCUCCCCUUCUCCAUCAUCAGCAACGAGGUGCUGCUCUCCUUCCCCCACAACUACUACAUCCAGUGGCUGAACGGGUCCCUCAUCCAUGGCCUCUGGAACUUGGUCUUCCUCUUCUCCAACAUGUCCCUUGUCUUCCUCAUGCCCUUCGCGUACUUCUUCACUGAAUCGGAGGGCUUUGCGGGGUCCAAGAAGGGCAUCAUGGCCAGGGUGUAUGAGACAUCGGUGGUGCUGCUGCUGCUGACGCUGCUGGUGCUGGGCAUGGUCUGGGUGGCCUCUGCCAUCGUCGGCAACAACGCGGCCAGUCGCCAGUCGCUCUACGACCUCUGGGAGUACUACCUGCCCUACCUCUACUCCUGCAUCUCGCUCUUCGGCGUGCUGCUCCUGCUGCUGUGCACUCCAUUUGGCCUCUCCACCAUGUUCACCGUCACGGGGAAGCUGCUGGUGAAACCCCGGCUCCUGGAAGACCUGGACGAGCAGCUGAGCUGCACGAGGUUCGAGGAAGCCGCGGUGUCCCGCAGGAUCGCGUCCGGCAAAACUUCCUGCUGGCUGAACCUGAACGUGGGGCUGCUGCGGGAGCAGCUCCUCGCCAUCCAGAGCAAAAGGUGGAAGCUGGAGCGGCGGCACCGAGCGUCACCCUGGCAGAGGAACCUGGGCUACCCCCUGGCCAUGCUGGGCCUCCUGGCGCUGACAGGGAUCUCGGUGCUCAUCGUCUGCUUCCACGUCCUGGAGCUGUUGCUGGACGAUGCCGCGAUGCCGCGGGGUAUCCAGGAUGCGCCCCUGGGCCAGGUCUCCUUCUCCAUCUUCGGCACCUUCGGAGCUGCCCUGCAGGUCGUCCUCAUCUUCUACCUGAUGCUCUCCUCCGUCGUGGGCUUCUACAGCUCCCCCCUCUUCACCCGGCUGCUCCCUGAGAGGCAGGACACCCCCCUCACCAAGAUCAUCGGGAACUGCGUGUCCUUGCUGGUGCUCAGCUCUGCCCUGCCCGUCUUCUCCAGGACGCUGGGGAUCACCCGCUUUGACCUCCUGGGGGAUUUUGGCCGCUUCAACUGGCUGGGGAACUUCUACAUCGUCUUCCUCUACAACAUGGGCUUUGCGGCGCUCACCACGCUGUGCCUGGUGAAGAAGGUGACCUGGGCCGUGCAGGAGGAGCUGCUCCGCGCCUUCGGUCUGCACAAGCUGCCGCUGCCCGUGCCCCGCUCCCGGCCCCUGGGUGAGCGCUGCUAGGGCUGGGGGCACGAGGCUGUCCCACCCCCUCCCCGAGAACGGCCACGGCGCUGGUCCCGAUGCCGCUGGGUGCGUUGUGGAUGCUGGAGACCCCCCCAGGAGGAGCUGAGCCUCCAGGAGGGGGCCUGGCUGUGCCCCCCCCGCAGCCCCAUCUCAGUCUGUUGCGCUACUGAGCCUCGGCCUCGAGCCAUGCCCCUAUCAGGGGGCUGCAGCCCCCGGGGCUGUGCUGGCUGCAGCCCCCCCCCUCUUUUAUAUACCUCGUGGGGCCGGGCCUUUUGCCCCCCCCCGCCCCAGUGCUGCCCUCUUGGAGUUUGUGUGGUUUUCAAUGUCUCCCCCCUCCCCAGGCAUCCCUCUUAACACUAACGGGGGGGGGGCCCCAUGCCCCCUGGUCCCAGUCACUCCGCACCCUGUCCCCCUUGUUGCUCUGGGGGCUGCCAGGGGGCGCUGGUUGUCCCCCUUCCCCCCCCCAAGAAGGAGCAGGGCUGGGGCAGGGCCCCCCCCAGCAGCUGUGUGAUGAGUUGGUCAGGUCUCUGUUACCACGUUACUUGUUUGGAGCAAUAAACAAACUCUUUUUUUUUUUUUUUUUAAUAUAUAUA